AUGAUUUUGACAUCGUUGUAUUCGAACAUGUACUGGGUCAUCGCAGCCACCGCAGCACAGCUCGCUGACCGCCAAGAGGAGGAUGCGAUGCUGUGGACGCUGGCAGCCUGGCAGCCCUAUGUGGCAUCGGUGGUGACAUGGUCAUGGGGGGCGGCAAGAACCCUUUUCGUCACGUCGACUUGGACCACUACCGGCACUACCGCUGCAAGGCACAGCGCCGUGGAUUACUCGCUGUUUCUGCGGCUUACAAUGCCGAACCACGGUGGCCGCCGGCGCCGCAGCAACGAAUGGGAGGAGCGGCGGCAGGCAGGCUCUGGCAGGCGAUACGGAAAUGCAAUGUGGCAAGAUUUCCACAUGAAGCGCGGAGAGGCUUACACGCACCGCCUCACAGAGGAAGAGGUUUACAACCGCGAGCCUGAAUUUCACAAGGUGCCCAUGGCCCUGCUCGGACGCACGUAUGAGACGCCGCGGAUGCCACCACACUUCAACCAUAUGCCGAUGCAGAAUGGGAUUGGGUGGGGAGGCUUCAUACCCCCGCCCGCGCCCGUCGUCGAUCAUGUGCAGCUCGUCCUGCAUAACAUUUUCCUGCUGCAGUGCAUGGGGCCUGUUCAGGCCGAACUAAUCCUCAAGAAAACAGCUGCCCUUCAGGGGCCGUAUACAGACUAA